UAAAUCCUUUUUGUUAUCGACGCAAAGGAAAAAAAUAGUUACGUUUCUGGUUUGGUGGCCGCAGGACGCAUGCGCGCCGCUGACAGUUCACGCUGACGUCUGUCAGAGAAAUGUGUCGGGAAAUAGUGCGAUUUCUGUUUAUUUAUCGUGUAUUAUUUUAAGUAGUUUAGUUAAAACCAGUGUUAAUAAUUUAGGAAUUUAGAAACUCUAUUACUUGUCUUAUACCGUUAAUAAAAUAUCCAUUAAAAUGCCUCAAGACAAUCUCUCCGUAAGUUUGGACACUAUUUUGCUGCAUCUUGGACCUUUUGGGAAAUUUAAUAUAGUAAACUAUGCUUUACUAUUGUUUCCCAUAUAUCUGGCCGGAAUGUAUGGAUCAGUGUUCGUGUUCGAAGCUCCAGACCUCAGCUACAGAUGCGCAGUGGACGAAUGCGAAUCCACCUUGAAUCACUCCCUGUGGUUACCCCACGCGCUGCCACAGGAUAAGGGGGUGCCAUCGAAAUGCCGGCGAUAUUCUAUGAACGAGACCGUCUACACUAGCAAUAGCACCUGCAGCGUGGAUAGCUUCGACUCGAGCUAUUCCGUGGAAUGUAACAGCUUCGUGUACAGCGAUGAGGAUUCUGCUGUCAAAGACUUCAACCUCGCCUGCCAAAACUGGAAGAGGACCCUGAUUGGGACAGUGCACAAUGCUGGUCUAUUCGUCUCGCUCCCACUCACGGGCAUCAUAUCCGACAGAUACGGGAGAAAGUUGGCUUUGUCAAUUGCAUCCCUCAUGAAUGGAGUCUUCGGGUUCCUUCGAUCGUUUUCGGUGAAUUACACUAUGAUGCUCGUUCUGGAGUUCCUAGAAGCCGGGCUGGGGGCUGGCGCUUAUAGUACUGCAUUUGUUAUAGCUAUGGAGUUAGUGGGUCCGAAAGGCCGUGUUUUCGGCAACACACUCAUCAACGGGGUAUACGUCCUUGGUCUGAUGACGCUGGCCGGUCUCAGCUGGAGACUGCAAAGCUGGAGACAUCUCCUCCAGAUCAUCUACGCACCAGCAGUCCUGGUCUUCUCAUACAUCUGGCUACUGAAUGAAAGCGUCCGAUGGUUGCUCAGCAAAGGAAGAAACAAUGAGGCGAUUGAUAUUCUUAAAAAGGCAGCCAAGAUGAAUAAUGUAGAGCUGUCAGAACAACUGCUGUACCCUUUAAAUGACGUACAGAAAACUAAUAAACCAACAGAAGAGAGCGAAGCUGAUCAAAGCAAGGAACAGAAAGGCACAGAGUCAACUUUCGCGAGAGUGAUUAAGUCGCGUAUAAUCAGAAAACGAGUUUUUGUGUGUUCAUUCCUUUGGAUUACGUGUACAUUCGUUUACUACGGGUUGUCGAUAAACUCAGUGUCCUUAGCCGGUAAUAAGUAUGUGAACUUUAUGCUGGUCGGUUUCGUUGAGAUUCCGGCGAAUAUUGUGUGUUUGUUGAUACUGGACCGGUACGGCAGAAAGCGGACUUUAGUCUCUAUGUAUGUGCUCAGUGCGUUGCUGUGUAUCAGCUUGUCGCUGGUUCCCAAAGAUCUGAAGUGGCUGUCCCUGAUCCUGUACCUCUCCGGCAAGUUCUCGAUCACGGUGGCGUACAGCUCCGUGUACAUCUACGUGUCGGAGGUGUUCCCCACCAGCGUGCGGCAGUCGCUGCUGGCGGUCUGCUCGUCGCUGGGCCGCGUCGGCUCCACGCUCGCGCCUCUCACUCCGUUAUUGGCGCUGUACUACGCGAACCUGCCCGCAAUAUUCUUCGGCAGUCUGGCGCUGAUGGCCAGCCUCCUUGUCUUCACACUCCCGGAGACCCUCAACCUCCCACUACCAGACACGAUAGAGGAAGCAGAGAUGCUGUCCACGGUGAAGAGAGAGAAGCCAACAGUAGAGUAGGAGAGACAGAGGUGGAAAGUUUUGUCAAGGUUUUGUCGCCAUUGGAGCAGUGGAAAGUAAACACGAAUUUGUAUGGAGCUGAGCUAGUGAAUCGCCGCCUAGCUCGCGCCAUACAAAUUUGAGUCGAUUUUCACCACUCGAUCGGUAAAGAAAAACCUACACUUGGCCCUCUAAUUCCAGUGACCAUGUUGAAAGAAAGUACAAAAUAUUGAUAUUGUUUUAUAGGUACCUAAGUAAGCUGUGGGAGUUUUGAUAAGUAAAUAAAUGAUUAAUUAGGUAUACUUACAUUUGACUUUCGCAUUUUGGUAAUAAGCACAAUAUCUAAUACACAAAUGUUUUUAUGCACCUGAAAUCUCCUAUAAAAUUUAUAAGUAAGUAAUUAUGAAUUUAUCUUUUAAAUAUUAUUAAUUUUUAAAAAAAGUAUUGUCCAAUGCACAAUAUUUUACAUCAUAAUAAAAUAUUUAUAAAUGCUGUAUUUUAUUGCUCAAGUUAACUAAAGUAUAAUACGAUACCUCGAUAAAUUAUAAGAUUUUUUUAACAUUAUUAAAUCUCUAAGUAUCUGUAUUUUUUAUAUUGACUCUCCAUUAUUAUAAGCAUGAAUAUGAGUGACGUAUAUUGCAUUAUUAUGAACUAUAAAAUAAAAACUAACCAUUUAUUA